GGCUCUUUACUGUUUAUAACCCACUUUGUCAAUAGAUAGAAGUGGAAAUAACACAACAGGUGACCAGAGACCUGUGAAAAGCAAGACACUUGCUAAUAUAUGUUGCUUUUUCGUCGGACCAUAUUUCCUGACGCGCUUGUGGAGAAGCUAAAGCUAAAGAUUGCCAGGGUGUAUUAUAAUCAUGGAUUAUUUAUUGCAACACAUCCUGCACCCGUGAUCACCACAGUGUGCAUACUCAUGAUUUUUCUUUGCUACCCUUUAACACAGAUUCCUAUUGUAAAAGAAGUACCUGUACAUCGUGCAGUUGUUCGAGACGAUGAAUUUCAGUCUUUUAAAGAUUCACGCUAUGUUUUCACUCAUGAUGACCAGAAUAAAAGCCUUGGUUACAUGCUUCAAAUAAUUGUACACUCAACAAUAUUGACGAAGAUUCCUGAGUGUCAUGUUAAUCAUGAAGCUGUCACUCAUUUACUCCAGCAGAGCAAUAAAAUGGUUGAGCUUGUACGCCAGUUCAGAAGUUCUGGAGAUGAUGGAAAAUCAGAUGGCCAAACAUUCGAUGAUAUCUGCUUUCAGGUUGAGGAUAGAGCAGUCAAUGAAGUAGAAAGCUCAGAAGCAAUACAAAAUGUACUACCUACAUUUGGAUGUCUUUUAUUGGCUCCUGGUUUUCUGCUAGACGAUCAUCUUGGUAUAGUCCAAUCGCCUCAACCAUCUGUUCUAUCACGUAUACGACUUGCUGCUGCAGGGAAUUUACGAGACCUUCUUUUUGGAUUCCCUUGGAAGGCAACAGGACUAUCGAAACAUUCAGUGUGUAGUAGAAAGCGAACUGUUACAUAUGCAUUAACUUUAGUAUUUCGAGAGUACAAACCUUCCUUCUUUUCUGAACUUCGAGACUAUCUUGUUUCACGUAUGAAGACUCUUCAUAAUGAUACUGACAUUACUUCAGAUGUACCGAAAUCAAAUGACAAAUCGAAUACGGCAUCAAUUGGGCACAUCUUUCUUGUUUGGUAUAGUGAUCGAUCGUAUUUCGCUGAUUAUGCACCGUUAAUAUUCAUAUAUGUGGUUCUGUUACUUUAUGUAUAUUUUUCUGUCCGUAAACUGGAAAUGGUCAAAUCGAAAUGGGGUUUAGCAUUAAGUGCAUGUGUCACUGUAGCUGCCUCAUUAUUCAUGUCUAUCGGUCUGUGUGUAACCAUUGGUCUUGUUAUGCCAACACUGAAUGGAGGUGAAGUUUUCCCCUAUUUAGUUGUUCUAAUCGGGUUUGAAAAUGUUAUCGUUCUCACGAAGUCUGUGGUUGCAACUCCUGUUGACCUCCCAGUAAAGUAUCGAAUUGCUGAAGGUUUAAGCAAAGAAAGUUGGUCGCUAACCAAACUCUACUUAACUGGUUUAUUGUUACUUGGCUUGGGAUUUUUCACAUUCCAUCCAACAAUGCAAGAAUUCUGCCUAUUCGCAGUUGUCGGUUUAACUACUGACUUUUUCCUGCAACUUUUCUUCUUUGUUACUAUUCUGUCAGUGGAUAUUCGGCGUAUGGAGCUAUCUGAUCUCAUGUUAGAAUAUCCAGUGAAUUCAAUCAUACAAGAGCCUCAAAUGCUUCCACCUUUCUACUCCACUUCACCAACAUCGUCUUCAACUACCUUAUCAUCAAUGGAUAUUAUGAUGACGACUGAAAAGUGUAAAAGUGAAAUUUCUAAUUCUCUGUUAGACAAUCCGAUGAAUGCAAAAGAUGAUAAAAUUACUCACAAACCUUUAUCAUAUCUAUUUUCACUUAUAUCAAAUAUAUGCUUCAUGUCGUUCAAAUCAACAAAACAAAUGUUUCUACCUUCAGGUCUGUCUUUUGUGAAGAGGCAUAGACGUAAAGUUUCAGCUGCUCAAACAGCUGCAUAUUUAGCAUCUGAUGGUCAAACUUCUCAAAAUGUUCCAAGACGUUUACGUGUUCUUCGAUGUUGGGCGAAAUCUCGAUUAAUACAACGUGUUCUUAUGGUAUGUUGA